AUGGCCGCACCAAAGUUUGAGGGAUGGCUGGGCAAGGACGAGGAGUCGGUCCAGGGCAAGAUGGAAUGGGGCGCGUUCGAGCCCAAGAAGUGGACUGAGGACGACGUCGACAUUGAGAUCUCCCACUGCGGUGUCUGCGGCUCCGACUUGCACACGCUCAAGUCCGGCUGGGGGUCAACCCCUUAUCCUUGCGUCGUGGGCCAUGAGAUUGUCGGCACCGCUGUCCGUGUUGGCAAGAACGUCUCGCACAUCAAGCCAGGUGACCGCGUGGGCGUGGGCGCUCAGGCCCGUUCGUGCCUGAGGUCGGACUGCCCUGACUGCAGCAGCAACCAUGAGAGCUACUGCGCCAACGAGAUGCUCGCCACCUAUGGCUCCGUCUACCCCAACGACGAAGGCAAGACGUACGGUGGCUAUGCGGAUUACAACAGGACCAACGGCCACUUCGUGGUCCCAAUCCCAGACGGCCUCGACAGCGCAGACGCAGCCCCGAUGCUGUGUGGCGGCGUCACGGUGUACAGUCCGCUCAAGAAGAACGGCUGCGGGCCGGGCAAGACGGUGGGCGUGGUGGGCGUUGGCGGGCUGGGCCACUUUGCAGUCCUGUUCGCCAAGGCCUUGGGCGCGGACAAGGUCGUCGGCAUCAGCCGGAAGUCGGACAAGAGGGACGACGUGCUGAAGCUCGGGGCUGACGCCUACAUCGCCACGGCCGAGGACAAGGGCUGGGAGACCAAGAACAAGCGCACACUCGACCUGAUCAUCUCGACGGUGUCGAGCGCCAACAUGCCCCUGACUGACUACCUGGGCCUCCUCAAGACGAGGGGAACCCUGAUCCAGGUCGGUGCUCCCGACGGCGGCAACCUCCCUCCCAUCAACGCGUUCACCCUCCUCGGUAGCGGCAUCAAGAUCGGCGGUAGCGGGAUCGGCAGCCCCAACGACGAGAUCCCAGAGAUGCUCAAGCUUGCGGCGGAGAAGAAGAUCAAGCCCUGGGUCCAGGCCAGGCCGCUCAAGGAGGCGAACCAGGUGGUUGUCGACAUGGAGGAGGGCAAGGCGAGGUACAGGUACGUGCUGGUCAACGAGAACUAUGGCAAGCACUGA